AUGGCGGACACGGCGUACCACGAGAACGAAAAAAGCAGCCAGAAGCCGGAGGCUGAGCUGAAGAAGAGAAUGGAACUACUCAGGAGACUCUGCAAAGCGGAGACUGGACUUCAUCGGAUAAGGGAAGAGAGCAAAAAGAUGAAGGAAGAGCGCAGGAGGCUUGUAGGGAUGAUAGGGAGCGGAGCGGCCGCCAACGCCAUCACCGCGAGAGCGUGCCGUGUGGGCGGCCGAAUCGACGACGCUGAAGACCACGAGGCCGUAGCGAAGAAGAUGUUGGCCGAACCGGAAGGGGGAGUCGAUCUCCCGAGGCUGUGGGAGGAAGUGGUGGUGCAUCUACUCUCCUUGCCGAUGGAGAAGUGCAAGGAGAGAUUCAAGGUGCUGGAGGGUUUGGAUGAGGAUGAGUUCUGGGGCGACGCCGAGAAGAGAGUGGUAGGGCUUCGGGGCUUGGGGGAAGAGGAGCUUGCUGAGUACUUUAGAAAGAACUUGGAGGAGGAAGAGGAGGAGGAAGAGGAUGAGGAUGAGUAG